AUGCUCUUGACUAGGGCUAGCUGUCGAGCUGCUUUACCAGUGACCUCGAGUGCCGACAUGACGAGACAGCCCGACAUGGCCUCCCUAUUCAUACGUACUCGGUUACCCGUGCGUGCGGUAUCUGGUGCCCAUGGGUCGAUAGCUUCAGCCCAUCUCCUGGCCAGCAUCCCUGUUUCACGGGCUGCCAGAGACAGGGGAGGCUCCUUGCCAAUGGAGCUUGGCAUCAAGAUAUAG